AUGUAUUCGGUUCGCUAUACCGAAGAUAUACACAACGUUACCGGAGUCCUUACUUUUUAUCUGACGCAUAAGCAAACAAAGUGUCGAAAACCCUGGGCACGUUCUGCAUGUCGCACACCAAAGCCACAUUACGAAUUUGCGUUAUCAUGA